GCCGAAUCGGCCUUGCGCAUCCAAUGAUGCCCUCUCUAUAGAUCGUGGCAAACCCCAUCGCAGCUUUUGGUUUUCUCACCAAGGACCCUGAAAUGAGCAACCUCAGAUAUACUCUCCAGCGUUGUCUAGCACUCUAAACAACAUCGACGAGUUCCCGUCAGCUAUCGCCGCGCAAGAAACUUAUCUCUACCCUUGGGAAACUAUACGCAAGCACUUUUUACAGCUUCAACUACAGCAAGUUCCACAAGCACACAACCAAUCCAAUACAAUCAUGACUCCCGAUGCCCAGCCUCGAUCACACGGGGUCUACUCUCCAACCCAAAUCACCGCUUUCCUCAACCACAUCGGCCUCCCGCAGCGCCUCCACAACAACGGCCGCGCGCCUCCCCCUCUGGCCCUCCUGACCGCACUGCACACACACAUGAUCUCCACAAUCCCCUACGAGAACCUCGCCAUCCACUACUCGCCCACGCACCAGGUCUCCCUCGACCCGCAGGUGCUCUUCGACAAGGCCGUGACCAGGGGCAGGGGCAGGGGAGGGUACUGCAUGGAGAACGCGCUGCUGUAUUAUCACGUGCUGUGUGCGCUGGGGUUCGACGUGUAUACUGUCGGCGCGCGGACGAGGGUGAGAGAUAGCGGGGGCGUGCCGGGAGGGGACUUUCCUGGCUGGGUACACAUAGUCAACAUCGUCACCCUCCCGGCGACUGCCUCCUCCCUAAACGGCAAACCCCAGCGUUACCACGUAGACAUAGCCUUCGGCGGCGACGGUGCACUUAGCCCCAUGCCUCUGCCCCUCGACUCCAGCGGCGGCACGAUUCUGCAGAACCUGGGCAUGCAGCAGAUCCGCCUGGUGCGGGAGUACAUCCCCACGCAGACGUAUCGGCCCGUCACUACCAUCGUCAAUAGCCACGGGCAGGGAGAAGAAGUGGACGACGACCGGCACAAGCUCUGGAUCUACCAGUACCGCAACAACCCCCAAGCAGAGUGGAACUCGUACUACGCGUUCACCGAGACCGAGUUCAUGCCCCUGGACUGGGAGGUGGUCAACUACUGGACGUCGACGAGCGAUCGUAGCCACCAGACGCACCGGCCGUUGUGUAUCCUGUUUCUGCGGAGGGCUAAUAAUCAUGGCCGAGAGGGCGGCGGAGUCGCUUGUCCUCCUGGGGCUGCAGCUGGGACGGCUGAUGAUUCUCAUACCCAGAUGAAGAGGGCUGCCGAGGGAGCGGCAGAUGGGACUAGCGAAGAGACCGAGGACAAAGGUGACUUCCACAUCUACGGCAAACGCAUGCUCGUUGGCAAUGUGGUCAAGGAAAACCUGGGUGGCAAGACGCAAGUCUUGGCCGUCUGCGAGACCGAGGAGCAGCGCAUCAGGGCGCUCAAGGAGUACUUUGGCAUCACGCUGACAAACGAGGAAAUCUCUGGCAUUCGAGGCUUCAGAAGCGAGCUCAAGCCGGACGCGGCAGUCCUGCGGGCUUGAUUUGUAGAUCUGAAAUUAUUACCACGUCUUGUGCCUAUUGUUUGUUGGACCAUCAGCUUUCAAUGCAUGGUAACCCCGAAGGUGAGA